AUGGGGUUAAAGAGAUGUUUUGUCGGUAUUAUCAACGUAUUUGUGUAUCAUUUUUCAGAUUUUGAAGACCUCGCCUGUACCAGGCCUGGUGGUAAUGACUGUUCUGAACAUGCCACAUGUAUCAAUUUAUCAGACGGUACAUUUACGUGUGAAUGUAACAGUGGAUACGAUGACGACUCAUCGGAUGAAUCCAUGAGACCUGGUAGAAAAUGCUCUGCCACCAAUCACAGUCUAGUAAUGCUGAUCAUAGCCGGUGUGUUGGGAGGCGUGCUACUAAUUGGAAUAACCAUCUUCUGUGUCCACUGCUGUAUCGUGUACAGAGCAAAUGCGCACGUCACCAAGGUACCGGUUCCAAAUGGGGUUACCUCAGGUGAGCACCCUAUGUUGGACGGCAUGGGUCUGUAUGCGGAUGGUAAGAAGUAUAUCUAUGAAUUCUCGUCUAGCAGCGCUAGAAACCAUGACGUGGAAGGUGGGAGACGGCGAAUCAAUGAGUACGAGUUUGAUAACUCUAUAUACGAAGACGAUGACGAGAAAUUAGACGUUUAUAUGCGACAAAUCAAACAGUCGGUUCCAAGAAAUAACAGGGGAUCGAAGAACAGUGCCAGCACCUCUCGGGGGACACCAGUCACAGAACCAUUGCGUGAUUACCCUAACUCGAACGAAUCUAUGCGCCCUUACAUUGCCACGGGUACUGAAGAACGUGACAUAUAUCUACAGCAGCGUGCCAAUAUACCGGAGCCAGACUACUACCUACCGCCUAGGCAACAGGGACAGUACACAUUACCUGACAAUGAUAGGAGACUUAGCAGUGUGUCAUUUAUUGUUCCCAAGGCAACGUCAAGGUCUAUUGUACAGACGGGCCAGAUUGGGGAAGACAACCAAUCGUAGCGUUCAAGCAAGUGACAAAAUCUACCUGAUUAGGGGAUGAAUAUUAGAAACCUGGAGUGAUUUGAAUAACAAAUGUGUGGAAAGGAAAUCCUGAAAAAAUAUAUAAAUUUGAUAGAGGAAAUCAACCAAAAAAUCUAUCUAAAUCCUAAGCGAAGAAAACGGCAAAACAGUCUAAUGAUCUAUUUUUUAAAUUAUCAUUGUCGCCUUGAUGCUAGAGGGUGUAAUUUUGUUAAUUUUCCUGCAUCAAUACUAGCAAACAUUUCAAAACAUUUUUUGUAGAACAACGAUUUAAAAAUUUAAGUUCAAUCAUUUCUCUUAAUUUAUAUAAAUAAUUGCCAAUGAUGUAA